UCCGUUUAAUCACAAGAACGGUCCGACGUUCGUGUCUCUCUUUGUUCCGGUCGGUCGAUCGAGACCGAGCGAUCGGGAGAGUGGGAAGGAGAAGGAUGGGCGGCGGCGGCGGCGGUCAUGGUGAGAGCACGACGUACAAGGGUUUCACCAUUCACCACCCCAAGCGGUGGCACGUCGUUACCGGAAAGAGCCUCUGCGCCAUCAUGUGGUUUUGGGUUCUUUACAGGGCUAAGCAAGAUGGUCCAGUAGUUUUGGGUUGGCAUCAUCCUUGGGAAGGACAUGGUGACCACUCUUACGAACAUGGGCAUGAAAAUGAGGCCUCUUACUAGGAUGCAGAUUGUGGAACCCAUGGGAGUUUCCAGCUAUCUGAUUUCCCCAAAAGCUUUAGCGAAUAAAUCUGGUUUUUGACAUGGAUUGAACAUGUUUUUCUUGUUCAUCUGUUAUUUGGGCAAUGGAACGUCAAAUCAUCUGCCGACUUGAUAAGGGUAAUAAAAGCGACAAGACGCGCAUGACGUCAGUCGUCCUAAAUAAAGCCUCACACCCCCAAGUCAACGCAGAUCGGGGCGUCGAUCGAGGCACACUGACGUCCUGCUCAAGCUCGGUUCUUCACGCCACACCAACAUCAAUGUCGGACGCUACCAGCCUGCCCCCAGCAAGCGGGCAAAUCAGGAAACGGUGCGAAAACGACGACUUCCCGCUAGGCACCCAAGCGAGGAGCCGUCUCCCGGAGGAAACGGCGACCCCGUCCCGAUCGGACCAUCGCCUCAUACCACAUCGGCGGACCCCGAGGCCACCUGCAAAAGAUCUCCCGUCAUCCAGACUCGAACCGAGCCACAUCGGCCUCUAGGCCACGGCUCAAAGUUGUUCACCGCGACACGACUCUUGUUGGAUUUGCAGUUUCGGGCUCCAGCUUUUACGCUACAUUGCAGGUUGUUUAUGCGUGUAUCAUUUGAUAGUUCAGCCGUGUAAUGUUGGUUUUGGUGAUUGACUGCCUCUUUUGCAGCAAUGUUUAUAUGAUGCAGUCGCCCCAUGCAGAAUUUACUGUUUGGAGUCAAUUUCACCACUAAUUUGGAGUCUUCUGGU